ACUGCUUGGCGGCCCAGUCCUGCGGGACUGUGCGGGUACAGGAGUUUACUAUGUAGAUGGAACUUGCAACUUACCUAGCUAUCGGCGUCUCAUCUCGUUCGUACCUACUACCUAACUACGUAGUACGUACCUACCUCUCCGACAUCUCAUCUUAAAAAUAACGGACCACGCAACAGCCGUGGCUCUGGCUCUGGCUCCGGCUCCCGUUUGGACCUCCCCGUCGCAUCAUCAACUCUCUCGACCAUACGAUCCAAGCACAUAUAUUCCAUUCGCAGCUCUGUAUGUGACUUAUUCCCAAAAUUAGAGUUAUCCAGGCGGUGGACAUACACACUAGCCGUGUCCAACUAACCUGAGAGCUAGCAAGGAAAGCUGCCUGCACUCCUUGGCCUACGAGCCACCACCGCGACGACAAUGCCUGCACCCGCAGUUCCAGAGAUCUACGAGGAGGUCUUACACGAGUCAAUUGACACCCGUACCGAGACACUCGUCUCUCUUCGCGAACUCGGACCCCCCGACCUCGUCCACUUGCUCAAGCAGAACUUGAAAAGUCCGGUUCGAUCGACGGGCGUAUACCACCAUGUCACCGGUGUCGAUGCCUCCUCCUCGGCUAGUCUUGCGGCUUAUAUCAACACACUGACCUACAAGGAGCACGGCCAAACACCCACCAGCAAGAUUUUCGAGGGUAUCUACUGCUGCUACAAUGCCUUCUCCCGCCUUGACAUGCGCGUUCACGUCACAAUUCCUGGCACCGUCGAGGCCUUCUGUGUCGAUGAGCGAGGCGAGAAGCGUAAAGCCACUGACGAGCUCUGGCUUGAAACAUAUCUUUGUAGCGUGUUGCGCGCCUAUUCGUACGCUGAUGACGGUAGUGGGGAGACCAUUCGCAAGAUUAUGGGGGUGCGGCGGUUCAAUCCGGUUACUAACACUGAGACUGAGCAUCGUUUCCUGAGCGCCGCCGAGACACUGUUUUUCAGAGGCUGGCAAUUGGGCUCUGAUUCUAUUGUUCAGGUACCGAAUAAUGUGUCAAAUCACUUGACUUCUGGCUUGUUAAAGUAUUUCCAUACAACGGGUCGUUUCACUUCUGCCAUCAACCUCUUCGAGAAGCUCCGAACACAGAAUGUUGAAGUGUCUUCGCUGCUCGCCAAGGUCCUCUUCAUGGGAAACGAAGAGGUUCAAGGUGUCCGUGUACUCUAUCACGCCUUGAAAGAAUCCUCCAUGGAUUAUGUCAUGCUAGAUACCCAGGCUGAGUUCCUUAUCAAAAAGGCGAUGAUAGCCGAUACACCCACGCAGAAGGAAAACAUAUUGAAAAUGGCUCUAGGCUGUGCUGAUCGCAGUACUAUUGCUGCGCCUAGUGAAUUCAGCACGUGGGCUCGACUAGCCCAGGUCUAUGUCGCUUUAGAGGACUGGGAGAACGCCUUGACAAUACUUAAUUCCUGCCCUAUGUUCACAUAUCAGGAUAAGGAUGCUCCAAUAAUGCCAGAGCCAAAGGAGGUGUACCUCCCAACGCUACCCGAAACUAGGCUCGACGAGAUUGACAGUGAACCAGAGUCAAGAUUUUCAGAGCAGGUAGACCCAAGCUUACUAAACGUUCGAGCAGCGAAUUAUCGAGGUACCUUUAAGUUAGCAUAUAAUAUUCUUACCGAAAUGACCGCGAAGAUUGGUUGGGACCAACUAUUGAAAAUUCGCAGCUCAGUUUUCGUUAUGGAAGAUGAGUAUAGAAGCGAUCGACAGGAUGACGCCUCGCACGGUCCAGCCUCAAAGCGCAAUCCUAGUACAGAUGGGCUUCGUGGCUCACCGGAGCCCUCUACCAACGGCGAUCAUGAAACUAAGGAGAGAGAAAUUGAGAAGUCUGAUGUGAAGCCUGAAGAGGAGCCUGGCGAAAGUGGUAACAUGCCGAACACGGUGGCUAGUGGCAAUGGUGACGGCACGUUGGAAAAACCAACGCAUACCAUCGACCCUGGUGAGGUCAAGGCUGAUGGCGAUACUACGGCAACUACUGAUGAGCAUCUCUCUCGACUAAACAACAAGCGUCUUUGCGAAAGAUGGUUAGACAGCCUAUUCAUGGUUCUUUACGAGGAUCUACGCGUCUACACGAUCUGGAGGACGCAGAUGGCACAGUAUAGAGCGCAGUCGAUGCAGUAUACGAAGUCCGCCGAGGAGUGGGAAAUUCUAGGUGCUUUGGCAGAACGCUUGCAACAUCACGAUGAGGCAGCUGAGGCAUAUAGGGCAUGUCUUGCGGCGCGUUUUAGCCCCAAGGCACUGUCAGGCAUCCUACGCGCUUUUCAGAAAGAGAAGAAUAUCGACGACACCGUACGAGCCGUCAUUCGAUUGGUAACUUGGCAAUACCGAUGGUAUUCUGAGUUCUCGCCCGAACUCCUACACACAAUACGAGUCCUUAUUGAAGAGCAGGGCGCAGUCAAAGUAAGAUCACAUAUUCAAUCAACGAAAUUGCCACAACCCGUUCUCGACUUGACCCAUCUCUACGCAUCCUUGUGUGCCGCUUUUAGAAGCAGCGGGACGGACGGCUAGGUGUAAUUCUUCGAUAGCAACAUUGUAAACAUUAAGGGAGUGUCCUGUAGUGCAGAUUGGGCAGUAAGGGGUUCAAAAGGUCGCUGUCAUACAUAGCUCGAUAAUAAUUAGCAGAAAUGGAAAAAUAAUACGAUACCCCCACGAGCAUUCGGUUACGGCGAGGUUUCGUUGCAUGUCAUGUCGCUACACAUUUCACAUAGUUAACUUUCUGAUUCUCAUAUUAGAACCUGUGAAGUGUGUGAGCAGCAGGCCAGGUAAGACCAGGAUGGAGUUAACCCCAAGCGUGCUCCUAUAACCCUUCGCGCAGUCACUCUUCCCAUUAG